UAAAUUUUGAAGCAUUUCAACGAGACUAGGCGCGAAUAAAAUUUUACGUUGUAAUACAAUCGUACAUACAUACAUAUUCAUAUAUAUUAGUACAUAUUUUAAAAAUAAACGGAAGAUAUUUUGUGAAUAUUAAAAAAGAAGCAAUUAAGUCGAUAUGUCACGUAAAUUAAUUUUUUGUAUCCUUAUAACGGUGUUUAUCAUAUUGGUGCUGCAGGUGACCCGGAUUUCUGGCGGUGCUACGGAAGAACAAAUGAUUGCUGCUGGAAAACUAAUGCGGGACGUCUGCCUGCCCAAAUUUUCUAAAGUUUCAACAGAAGUGGCCGAUGGCAUCAAGCUGGGUAAUGUUCCCGACACAAAAGAUGUGAAAUGCUAUAUUAAUUGUGUUAUGGAAAUGAUGCAGACGAUGAAGAAAGGCAAGUUUCUCUUAGAAAGCUCAUUGAAACAGGUCGACUUGCUGAUGCCGGAUGAUUACAAGGAUGAGUACCGCAAUGGCUUAACAAACUGCAAAGACGCUGCCAAUGGAAUCAAGAAUAAUUGUGAUGCGUCAUAUGUGCUCCUAAUUUGUAUGCGUGAUCAAAUAAAGAAGUUCAUGUUUCCGUAGAAGUGCUUACGGCCGCCUUAGAUUGGAGUAAUCAAUUGGCUCAAUGUACCUAUAUGCAUAUAUGUAGAUACAAGCAAGUGCAUGUAUGUGUGAAUGUACUUGCAGAUGUAAAUUAGCAUGGCAAACAGUUGUAUAUAAAUAUAUGUGAAUCUACUUUGUACACUCGUAUGCAUACUUA